AGUUGUGCUAGUGCUGCACUAGCUGAACAUUGAUGAUCGAUUGCUUUGGUCUGCGCUUUUCUUUAAGCAGGAAGUAGCUGUUUCUGUUUACAGCCAACACGAGUGCAAGUGUUUGCUAGUCAAAGCUAGAUAGUUAGAGUUAAACAAAAUGACUGAAACACAAAACGGAGCGGCGUUUGAUGCCAUUGCAGUGCACAAUUUUUCGGAGAAGAUUUUGGAGCAGGUCGUGCACUUUCACGUAAUGAAGCUCAGCGGCGGGUUUUUCCUGUGGGUCGGUUCGAGUCCCGUCCUGUCCAACCUGGCGGUCUCAAUGAGCAGCAAAUAUGAUUCAAUGCCUCUAUCUACAUUAGUCUUGGGGGACCCAUCCAAUACUGCUCCAAAUUCCUUGGCACAGAGAUUAGCAAAGAAGACCAAAAAGCAAGUCUUUGUGAGUUACAGUCUUCCAAUGACAGACUCCAACCUCAGUCUUCUGGUGGAGAACAGGAUAAAAAAGGAGUUGGAACUUCACCCUGAACACUUUUGAUUGUUUAUUGAGCUCUCAUUUUGUGUAGGAAAAAAAGCAAAUGCUUCUCCUGUUCUCCUUUUGGACCUGACAUUUUCCUUCUGAUACUGUAUCGUACACCAACACAAUAACCACAAACGCUCACAACAAGUGUUCUUUUAUUGACGUAAUAAAUUAAGUGGUUUAUUAUCAAAACAUGUAGGCCUAUGGCUUUUUGUACAAAUGCAUCAUAUUAAAAAAAUAACACUUAGAAAAAAGCAUUAGUGGUUGAGUUAUUUUUUUUCUUUUUCUCCUAGUGUUUAACUGUUGAAAACAUACAAACUAGUAAACCAUACAGGGUGUUAAAAAUAUGUGCUGUUCACUAAAUAGGAUUUGAAAAAUGAAGGAUGUUUGGAUCUGUGGAUUCAGGUACAUUUGCACAAAAUUGGUUUACAGGAUGGUUUAUGUAGUCAAUGUGCUUAUAUCCUGUAAAAGUUGAUGGUCAAUACAUUAUGAAUGAAUGGUACAUGUAUACAUACCUUACAAUUGAAUGCAGUCCUAAGGGAUACUUAUAUAGGAAAGUGUAUAAAUGUACACUAAUCACAACUAGGCCAGGUCUAUGCAGAUUACGCUGCUCUAUUCUAACCUUCACAAAUGUGUAUUUAAAAAUAAACAAACUAUGAAAUAUUGUGCUUUCUGGCUAGAGUUACACAUCCUAGGAGUAGGAUUACAACAGUACCACAGUACAGAGAAGGAGGAGUGAGAGUGGAAAUAUUUGCUAAUUAGGGAGGUAUUUCAAGCAACAAAUUGCCCUUGGCAGCAUGACAAAAUAAAUACUGGUUUUCUUAAA